AUGGUCGACCGGAAGGACUAUACCGUCGGGUGGAUUUGUGCCAUAGAAUGCGAAUACAUUGCUGCGAAAACAUUUCUCGACAAAAAACACCCCACGCCCGAGGAUAUACCUCUGACGGAUAAUAAUGUUUAUACCGUGGGCGAGAUUAGCAAGCAUAAUGUUGUCAUUGUUACCUUACCCGGUGGACAGUAUGGCAUAUCUUCUGCAACGGCAGUUGUUAAAGAUAUGUUAAACACCUUUCAAAAUAUAAGGAUUGGAUUAAUGGUCGGCAUCGGCGGUGGAGCACCACUAUAUAUGCCCGGAGCGGAUGAGCGAGACAUACGUCUUGGUGAUGUCGUGGUCAGCAAGCCUUUCGAUGGACGGGGCGGAGUGAUACAGUAUGACUUCGGAAAGAAUAAUCAAGGUCAAGACUUCAAGCUUACGGGAUUCUUAAACCAACCACCACUACUCUUGCUCGCUGCUAUAACCGAGCUGUCGUCCGAAUAUGCAAUGAUUGAAGGUGGAAAUGGAAUCAAGGGGCAUAUCAACAGUGUCCUUGAGAAAUAUCCAACUCUGAGGGCGAACUAUGAACGGCCGGGUUCAACGAGCGACAAACUAUACCGGUCCGAGAUCGUUCAUCCGGAUAAUUCAACGGCCGAAGCAAGCUGUGCGACUCUCUGCGGGGACGAUUUAUCGAAUUUAACGAAAAGGCCUGAACGGUCUAAGAACGACAACCCAAUAAUACAUUACGGUUUAAUAGCUUCAGCAAACCAAUUAAUGAAGAAUGCUGUGCUUCGGGAUAAGCUCGCAGUUAAAAACAAGAUUUUGUGUUUUGAAAUGGAGGCAGCAGGAAUCAUGAAUCAAUUCCCUUGUCUUGUUAUUAGAGGAAUAUGCGAUUACUCCGAUUCUCAUAAAAACAAAAAAUGGCAAGGUUACGCAGCUAUGGCAGCAGCUGCUUAUGCUAAGGAUCUUCUCGCUCGGAUAUCCCCCCGCAAAGUUGAAGCGGAGAAGAAGGCUAUUGAGAUUCCCGGUAUUCUCUCUUCGAUCGAGAAAAAGAUAGACGAACUUCAUGCCAACAUCUCUCAUUCUAUAUCAACAGAAAAGCAACAAGACAUUUACCGUUGGUUAUCACCACCUGACUCUUCAACCAACUAUAAUGCUGCUAUCAAAGAACAGCUGCAAGGCUCAGGUCUUUGGUUCAUUGAAAGCUCCGAAUUCAGCGAAUGGAAGAGACAACGUAAUUCGCUACUAUGGCUGCAUGGUAUUCCUGGAUGUGGAAAAACCAUUCUCAGCUCGAUUAUUAUCACACAUUUAAAACAUAUUUACUCCAACCAACUUCUUUAUUUUUACUUUGAUUACAAGGAUGUCGAUAAACAAUCUCUAGAGGGGAUGCUUCGAGGUCUUAUUAGCCAGCUCUACUACAGAUCUAGACGAAGCUCAGGAGUAUUGGAGUCUUUUUUUGCCUCUUACCACGAUGGGAAAGAUCAACCAACUUGCCAGUCGCUUCGGAUGACCUUUUUAUCAAUGGCAGAGAAGACCGGCGAAAUCUGGUUGGUUUUAGAUGCACUCGACGAAUGCAACAGAGAAAAGAGAAAGGAAUUAAUGCUAUGGAUAAAUGAAAUCAAUGCAUGUUCGGAAGAAAGGAACAUUCACUUUCUUAUUACCAGCCGGUCGGAAGCGGACAUCGAAUCUGAAGUCAGAAAGUGCAUCACUGCAUCUUGGAUUAUCUCCAUUGGAAGUGAACUCAUUAGCGAAGAUAUCAAUGCAUAUAUCAAAUGUCGAGUCACCGGAGAUACUGAAUUUAGCAGAUGGAAAUCUCGGGUUGAACAAACUGAAAUUGAAGAUGUCCUUACAAGGAAAGCAAAUGGAAUGUUUCGGUGGGCUAAAUGCCAACUUGAUGUUCUGGGAAACUGUUUGGACCCCGACAGUCUUCAUAACGCCCUUGGAUCUCUACCUGAAACUUUGGAUGAAACCUAUGCAAGAAUCAUACGCAAUAUGCCAAAUAUAUACAAAAAAAAGGCUAUAAGGAUCCUCCAGUUCCUUACGUACUCUCCAAGACCAGUGGAGGUCGUUGAGAUCGUGGAUGCGUUGGCUGUUGAUACGGACGAAAAAACUUAUUUUGACUCUAGUCGCAGGAUGCCCUGUCCAAAUGAAGUGCUCCAUUACUGUUCUGGCCUGGUGGUUAUUUCUAGCCAGAAGCCGAACCCAGUACUUCAGUUGGCGCAUUUAUCUGUUAGAGAAUAUCUAACUUCAGACCGGCUCGGUGUCGUCGACUUGCAGAUAUCACGGGGUCUUCAGGAGGUCGAUGCUAAAACAUCUAUGGCAAAGAUUUGCAUCGCGUAUUUAUUGAGCCUGAGCAGCGCGUAUUUAUUGAGCCUGAGAAGCGCGUAUUUAUUGAGCCUGAGCAGCGCGUUUUACGAUAGUCCCGCAAAAGUGGAGUCUCCUCCUUUUCCGUUUUUUCAGUACUGUGCUAACUACUGGACGACUUUCGCUCGCACGGCUGAAGAAGUGGAUGAAAGGGUGCGGUGUCUCAUCUUACAGCUUUUCGACAAUGAAAGGUUGUACAAAUACUGCUGUGGAGAGCAAUUCUUUUACCUGUCUGAGAAUGAAACGGUCUCAGCACUUCGGUAUGCCUCGGCUGUAGGUCUAAGGGUGCAGGUAGAGCGCUUCUUAUCUCAAAAGGUGGAUGUCGACUCGGAUUGUGUUAUCGCAGCUAGCGAGGCAUUGCGUCAGAGUCAUUGGGGCAUUGUAGAGCUGUUCCUGAAUAAAGGUGUCAGAGCUGACACCAAAGAAAUGGCUCUAGCUCUUUAUCAGGAAUCUUUGGAUGGAUGUUACCAGACUGUGAAGUUUCUACUACAACGAGGUGUCGACGCCGGCAGGGCCGGGGGGUUCUACGGCAACCCCCUUGCUGCAGCAUCAAGUCAAGGUCACUUGAGCAUUGUCAAAUUGCUCUUGGACUAUGGUGCCGACUUGAACAGGGUUAAAAUUGGGCUUCAAGGUUCACAACUCCACGAUGCGUUUAUGAUGGCGUGCCGGCGCUAUUUCUGGGAUAUUGUUAGAUUGUUUGUAGACAGAGGGCUCGACGUAAAGGCGCACGGCGGUGGCGGACUUACAAUAGCAUUGAAUGGGGGCAACUACAGCAUAUUUAAGCUGCUUCUAGAUAGAGGCGCUUAUAUCAACCAUUCUGCAGCUCUUCAUGCGGCUGCAGAAAAAGGCAACCAAGAUAUCGUAGAGCUGCUCUUAAAUAGCGGCGCUGGCCCUUGGAAUACAACUGAGGCACUUUCUGCGGCAUCAUUCAACGGUGAUCGAAAUAUUGUGAGAAUGCUUUUAGAUGCUGCGCAGGGUAGCAAUACUGAUGAUAACGACAGCCGUGGUAGCCUUGCACUAUAUACUGCAUCAGUUGGAGGCCAUCGUGAUGUCGUGGAGCUACUCUUGAAUAGAGUUUCUCCUAGACACCGGAGUCAUGCAAUUUAUUUGGCGGCAGAUAGGGGCCAUUAUGAUGUUGUAGAGGGGCUCUUGAAUACGGGUACCUUUACAGGUAACGCGAGUGCAGCUCUUUGUGCAGCGUCGAGUAAAGGCUACAGCAAAAUUGUGAGACUGGUCUUGGAUAGUAAUGUUCCUGUUGAUCAGGGUCGUGCGCUGAAAGCAGCGUUAAGAAAUGGUCACCAAGAGAUUGUGGAAAUGCUUUCAGGGGUUGGCACUAAUACUAGUUGA